AUGGAAAAUCUUUAUUGUGACGAAAGUGGAGAAGUCAAAGAGAUCCACGAUGAGAGCGUGCUCGUUACCGUCGUCAAACCAUCCGAAAAAGGAACUGCCAGUAAGACUCAGGAACAGACGCAGCAAACGUUAAAAGAAGAUGAAAAACAGAAAACCGAAGAAAAGUUAUUCGAUGCCAAGUCUGCGGAAAAGUUGGAAACGUGUAAAGAAAUCGCGAGCGGUUAUUGCGAUUGA